UCAAGCCAGCUUGGAUUUUGAACAGCUCCGCCCAAGAACAAUGAAAGGAGCAACCUUUUUAUGUGACCUUACUUCUCGUCACGACAGUAGAUACAAUAGUUCGGAAGCGCCGUCGCGCUUGUCCAAAAAUGCGUCUCUCCUCCCUUCUCUCGAGUGUCGGCGAAGUGAGCGAUCCGCUGGUGGUGCCAUCUGAAGCCUACAGUGAAGGUCACCAAGCAGUCUUCGCACGGCACCGUGUGCAGCGGCCCCGAGGUAGUUGUAGUUCUUCUUCUUGCGCCGGUACUAACAUGACGAGCAGUAAUGUAGUCCUCGCACCAUGGCACCAAGCCUGUGCGGACCUUCUGCAUCGGGUGCGCAGGACGAGUAGCUCGUUUCUGUCUUCAGUUGCACAUGAAGGCAGUGCGGUCGUGCAGCUGAGCGAACAUGUACAACAUGCUGACUCGUUUACACCGAGGGCACCGGGUAACAACACGAGGACGAUCUCGUCGUCCAGUCACUCCUCGUUGUUUAUCGCCACCUCUUUCGUAACGGGGAAGAAAGUCGGUAAGGGCAUCGGUGCUGGUGUCGGCGGGGUGAUGGCUGCAGAUGUGGCGCUAGCCGUGGCGCAGCCACCGGCGAUUUACCCCCCGGCGGUGGAGGUUCCAGCCUUGCCGGAUCUCGGAGCACUCCCCUCUCCCCCGGCAAUAGAGCCCCCGUUCGUGCCGAUUAUGCCGGAAAUACGGGCGCCACCCAUGCCGGAGGUGAAGAUGCCGGCACUGACCAUUGCGAUUCCAGGGCUGCUAUCAAACGAAAAAGUGUUAACGUUAACGGUUUUCAUAGACUGCAAAUACGCAUGACAAAUUGUGCCUAGAAUGUAUACUAUGCAUGACAAAUUUGGGCACGUUUUGCGAUGCGUUACUGCAUGACAAAUUCCGUUAACAUUAACACUUUUUCCCGUGAUAGUUGCCGGGAAUCAGCUUGCCAUCUAUCCCCGGGAUUCACAUACCGGGACUCUGUGACGCGGUGCCGGAGGUACUUAUGCCUAGCGAGCGUUCUUUUGUUUUUAGACAGACGACUUCAGCGUGGUCUGUCUCAUGUGGACGUUACGGGCUGAAGUGUUGUCCUACUCUCCACCCUGUUGCGUUGUCUCUUCAUGUUCUUCUGUUUCUGACAUUAAGAUUAUAAUCAAACACCAAUUUUAUGAGACAAAUUACUUGAUUAAUUCAAAAACGAUUCAAAAAUCAGCUUUGCAAUUUUCAAAUGGGCUGCUUUUCAUUCAGAUUUGCGUCCUUUUUCCAAUGUUGUUUCGUCGCCGCAGCUGAAGGUCCGGGCCGCCUGGUAAGAUUUGACGUUGACAGUGAUGAACCAGUCAGGGCCCCAAUGUGAACUAGUUAAGGUAGUGCUUUAAUGAGACUCCUUAAGAGGCUCCGCGGAAGACUGCCAUCCUGCUCACUGCUACCGCCGUUGUACUGCCCGCAUUUGGUGCCUUGUGGCUGACGUAAGCCUGCUUUUCAUUUCGAUUCGCAUCCUUUUUGCAAUGUUGCUUCGCCGUCGCAGAUGAAGAUCCGGGGAAUCUGAUAAGAUGCGAUGUCGGAAGUGGAGAACUAGCUCAGGCUCCAAUCUGAACUAGUUCAGGCGAUGCUUCAAUGAGGCUCCUGAAGGCUCCGCGGAAGAGAGCCAGGCCUGCCCACUGCUGCCGCCGUUAAACUGCCCGCAUUUGGCGCCUUAUGGCUGACGUAAUGGCAAUGCUGCCGGGGCCCCGGGCGGGGCCCUGACAUCUUGGUAGCGUGUUGACGGAGCUCUGAAGUAAAAUUGCCUCUUUUUGUGAUGGAAAGUCCAUCGUAGCAUGCAGUCGCAUGGAGCUCUAUUGAGAAACUCAGAUUAACGAUUCAAGAGGUGGCCGAAACCUCUCCAGGAAGACGCCAAAAAAACCCCCCUCUUUUCUACAGCAUAGCAUCGGCGAAAGCAAAGCAGGGGGCCCUUUCUGGAGACCCCUCUCGGGGGGGUCGCAGAUUGCUAAUCCGCAUGGUACCGUGGAAGAUUAAGAAUACCGUCGUGGAUCCAAUGAAUGUGAACCAAGAUAGGCUCCAAUGUGAACUAGCUAGUAGAUAAGGAGUAAGGUAGGAAGGUGGCUUUAGACCGCUAUGGUGGUGGCGCUUUCCCAUCGUAGGGCCACGGCUGGAAGCGGCAUUGGGCCACCCCUUCUGGCUGGCGUAAUGCUGCCGGAGCCCCGGACGGGGCCCCGGCAGCAUUACGCUAAUUUCCUACCUCACUCCUUAUCUAGCUGGUUCACAUUGGAGUCUAUUUUAGAGCACCGAAGGAAACACAUUCCAAAAAGAGGCAACCUGUAUCGCUGCGUCGCAGUGCUGGAACGGGCGUCGUUUCUGCGUCACCUUUUUGGGGGCAGCACUACGUCAGCCAGAAGGGGUCGCCAAAUGCCGCCUCCAGCCGUGGUUCCGCGAUGGCAAAGCGCCACCAUCGUAGCGGUCUCCAGCCGCCUUCCUAAGUACCCUACUCCUUAUCUAGCUAGCUCACAUUGGAGCCUAUUUUAGAUCACCAAAACACAUUCCAAAAAGAGGCAACCUGUGCCGCCGCGUCGCAGUGCUGGAAUGGGCGCCGUUUUUGCGUCACCUUUUUGAGGCUAUACUGGCCUCUUUCAAAAUGCAAAAGCUGAUUUUUGAAUCGAAAUUGAAUUAAUCAAGUAAUUUGUCUCAUAAAUUUUAGACAGACGACUUCAUAACCCAAUCUGGCCUACAUGCUUAGCCUAGGUCACGCACAGAAAAAACUUAAGCUACACACGACCUACUUUGCGAUGCGUUAUACUUCCUGUAGCUACAUAAAUUCCAAAAACACGACACCGCAACAGCUCUGCCCUCCCUGGCCUUUCCCGCUGACCUUUCCCCCGAUGCUGCCCGAGCUCCCCGGGCUGCCCAAGCUCUGGCUGCCGGAUUUACUCCGGACCUUCCUCACGGCGAUUUUUCUGUUUUCCAUGCGGCAAUUGGCGAAGGAACCUUCGAGCAGUUUGGGCGUGAAAGAGACAGACAUGCAGAUCAUGACGGAUUACCAAUCAGACCAAAUCACCCACACCGACAUCAACAACCCCGACCUUUUCGCCUGCGGGAAGCUCCGGCGGUCUAUGCCCGUGGUUUCUGGGUCACAAGGGUCCUCCAGGACGACAAAUAUUCCCGGACAACAAGGGAUCACCGAGAUGCAACAGAAGUUGUUCGGUGCGAGCACGAAGGGGAACGUGGUACGCGCACAGCACCCGUUGCUCGAACUGAAAGACCGCCGGGACAUGAUCCACGUGCAUUUGGAAGAUUUGUCAGAGGGUAACGAGGUAUUGUGGGACGCAGAUUACAACCUGCGGAACACGAAGUUGCUCACCCCCUUCCAACAACCCGUCGGGGGAAGUAAGAUGGAUUUCGGCACGUUUUGCCCCCCUCUGGAGGAUAUCCCGCAUCGGUACGAGCUGACUGUGACCGAUCCGUCGAAAAAUGGGGAGUUUAUCGGGUCUAUGCAUUGCAAAAGUAUCGUACUAGUCGGAAUAGCAUCACAAGUUUCAUCUCCAGGAGGAAGAAUGAGACACUUGUAAUGCUGCAUGAGCUGAGCAGCGAGAUUCAGAUUCGUCAUGCUGUGCUGCAAUUAGUAUUAGUGCAAGCCUUGAUACUAACUUUUGCAAUGCAUAUCUUCGGCCAUCUUGAAAACCUACUACGCAAAGCACGACCCGCUGGUGGAGCUGCCCCCGGCGAGUAACCACGACGCGUUCAUGAAUCUGGUGGCGAGAUAGAGGAUAGGAGGGAGAUCAGUUAUUUCAUUGGGAGUCUACUCCGUAGUGCGGCGACUGUUGGAAGUUGGAGUUCGAAGAACGACGGAAAAUGAAACUACGCAAAUAAGGCUUUUACCAAACGUAAAGCGAAGACGAUUUUUUAUUUGGUUUUUCAACUUGUAGGAUAUUGUCUGAACGCGGGAAGUUCAUCAGAUCUAUGUUUCAAGAAUGGUAGUGCAACGGGAAGAACUACUGACGAAAACGUAUAAACUAUCGCUCAACAGGAGGACCACGACCUCCUGCUUUUGCAGCCAGCCUUGAU